AUGAAGCUAAAUUCACAACUUCUCACGGUUUUAUUGGCCGGUGCAUCCGGCCUGCAAGGUGCUGCAGCUCAAAAAAAGGAAGACUGCAAACCGAAAAGUGUCACUCAUCUUGUCACUGUCGUUCAAACUUACGUAGGGGUUGCUUCUGUCUGCGGUAGCAUGACCGCACCGCCUCCCGGUAAUGGCGAUUGCAAGACCACCGCUAAAGUCGAGACUCUUUCUCUGGUUACCGAAUUGUGUCACUACGGCAGCCCAUGUAGGAGGGUUACUUUGACAACUAAGACCCCAGUUACGAUGACAGUUUGCAAUGGUGGAUCGAAAUCUAGCUCUGCUACCAGACCUGGCUAUACCCCUAUCAAGCCAGGUCCUAAUAGCUCAGGAUCCGGAUCCAGCAGUUCCACUACUAAAUCUGGAUCUGGAUCCAGCUCUACUCCAAGACCUGGAUCUAGCAGUACUACAUCCGGCGGUUACACGGCCAAAACAAGCUCCUCGACUGCCAAAUCUGGGUCUAGUAGCUCCAGAAGCCCUACCACAACAUCUGGCGGAUCUGGCGGAUCUGGCGGAUCUUCAAGCAAAUCGAGCUCCUCAGCAAGCAAGUCCGGGCCUAGCAGCUCCAACGGCUCUGGUUCCACCACAUCUGGUGGUCCUUCAGUGAAGACCAGCUCUUCAACUUCCAAGCCUGGAUCUAGCACUACGUCCGGUGGAUCUGGCAGUUCUACAGGUAAUGCCUCUACGACACCAAGAUCGGGUGGUUCGACUUCCAGCUCGUCUGGCUCGAACCCAUCUACCUCUGGUGGACCUGGUGGAUCUACAUCGAAAUCUAGUACCUCGACUGCUAAAUCUGGAGCUAGCACCAGUAGCUCUAGUGGAUCAGGUGGUCCCACACCCAAUUCCAACUCGUCGACCUCCAAGCCUGGCGGCAACAGUUCUCACGGUUAUACCUCCACCACAUCUAAUAGGCCUGGUGGGUCUUCAUCCAAGUCCAGCUCCACUACAUCUGGUGGCCCUUCAGUCAAAACGAGCGGAUCUGGUAGCUCUACAUCUAAGCCCAACUCGUCGACAGCUAAUUCUGGAUCUAGCGGUCCUACUUCCAGCGGCUAUACAGCCAAAACGAGCUCCUCGACUGCUAGGUAUGGGUCUAGCAGCUCGAAGGGAUCUACUUCUGCCACAUCUGAUAGAUCUGGUGGAUCUACGUCCCAGUCUGGAUCUAGCAGCACUACACCUGGUGGCCCUUCAGUAAAGACAAGUUCGUCUAGUUCUAAGCCUGGAUCUGGUAGCACUACGUCUGGUGGUUAUACAGUAAAAACUAAUUCCUCGACCGCCAAGCCUGGAUCAAGCAGCACUACAUCCGGUGGCCCUUCAAUUAAAACAAGUUCAUCUAGUUCUAAGCCCGGCUCUAGCAGCAGUGCGUCUGGUGGACCUGGCGGACCUGGCGGAUCUACUUCCAAGCCCAGUUCCUCGACCAGCACUUCACCCGGUGGACCUUCAGUUAAAACAAGUACUUCUAGUUCCAAGCCCGGCUCUAGCAGCAGUGGGCCUGGUGGACCUGGCGGACCUGGCGGAUCUACUUCAAAGCCAAGUUCCUCGACCGCCAAGUCCGGAUCCAGCAGCACUAUACCCGGUGGACCUUCAGUAAAAACAAGCUCGUCUAGUUCCAAGCCCGGCUCUAGCAGCAGUGGGCCUGGUGGACCUGGCGGAUCUACUUCAAAGCCAAGUUCCUCGACCGCCAAGUCUGGAUCCAGCAGCACUAUACCCGGUGGGCCUUCAGUAAAAACAAGUUCAUCUAGUUCUAAGUCUGGACCCAACAGCACUACGUCUGGCGGCUAUACAGCCAAAUCUAGCUCCUCGACUGCUAAGACUGGUGCUAGCACCACUACUUCUGGUGGCGCCGGUGGUUCUACCCCCAAGCCCAGCUCUUCGACUUCCAAACCCGGAUCUGGCAGCUCCACUACAUCUGGUGGUCCUUCAGUCAAAACAAGCUCGUCCAGUUCCAAGCCUGGAUCUAGCAGCAGUGCGUCUGGCGGACCUGGCGGACCUGGCGGAUCUACAUCCAAGUCCAGCAGCGCCGGAGCAGGAGGCUCUAGCAGCAAGACCACAACUGGUGGUACUGUGAUUGGCAAGACCGGUUCAAGUACAAUCUCUUCCACAAAGCCAACCACUAGUGGAGGUGGAAGUGGAAGUGAUGAUGACGACGAGUACGGAUAUGGUGGCUACGGAUAUGGUGAUGAUAAGACGACUACCACCAAGGCCUCUACCACGACAGCUAAGAGCAGUUCCGGUGGCCCAGCUGUCAAGACCUCUACUUCUACUUCAAAGACCACUACUACCACGAGCAAGGCUUCCGCAAACUAUACAAACAAGUCUUCCACCACAAAAUCUACGAGCAAGGCCUCCGUUGGAAACUACACAAGCAGGUCUUCGUCCGCGAAGCCCACAAAUAAGUCAUCUUCCGCGAAGCCCACAAAUAAAUCUUCUUCUGUAAAUCCCACAAACAAGUCUUCUUCCGCAAAUCCUACGAAUAAGUCCUCGUCGGCAAAUCCCACGAACAAGUAUUCUUCCGCGAACCCAACUAACAAGUCUUCCUCUUCAAACCCUACGAACAAGUCUUCCUCAGCAAACCCCACGAAUAAGUCUUCUUCAGCAAAUCCUACGAAUAAAUCUUCUUCCGCAAACCCUACAAAUAAAUCUUCUUCCGCAAACCCUACAAAUAAAUCUUCUUCAGCAAAUCCUACAAACAAGAGCUCUUCCGCAAAUCCCACCAACAAGUCUUCUUCCGCAAACCCCGCGGUCAAGACCAGCACGAGCACUAUCAAGGCAGCUACUAGUAGCUCUAGCGCAGGUGGUAAGGUAUCAACCAGCACCUCGAAAACUACUCAAUCCGCCGGUUCUAGUUCGGCCACUAUAACUACUGCGCCGUCCGUCGGAGCCACGGAACAGUUUUUGGAAUGUCCACCAUCCACUACAGUCACCGUGAGCACCCGCCUCUGCAACAAGAAACUCUGUGUUAAUAAGUGCACAAAUACAGCAACAAGUACAAGAAUAUACCCGUGCUCUUGUAUCGGACAUAAUAAACAGGCCACCUUGACCGUUUAUGUUCCGGGGCAAUGCCCAGACGACUGCAGCUGCCCAUCUACCACUACUUGGGUUGCACCGAUGGUCGGAUGUAAAACGACAACCAAGGGGGCUUCGGCUGCUAGUACCUCAGCAGUCCCAGGUGGUAAGGGCACCGAGACUUCGUCGAGCACCACUUCGGUUGCUGUUAAAACGACUACUACUACCACGGCCCAGGCACAGACCACCCAACCUGCUAGCGGAUCCGAAGACGAUGAUGACUAUGGAGGUGGUUAUUAUUAA